GCCAGCUGUAGAGCGCGCGGGCGCGUGUACGUGGCCCCCCUCACUACCCCUGCCCCCACGCGGACAAACUCAUCACCAAAUACAGAGCACGAGCGCACGCGGAGCUAUGGCUGCAGCAGCAGCAGCAGCAGCAGCACUGGAUUGUGUUUACGACGCAGAGCACAAGAGAGAUACAGACGUCGCGCGCUCCCUUUUUUAAACGCACAAUCAUUGAGUGUCUGAGCCCGCGAGGCUGCUCGUUACAUCAGUCCGUUUGACGUCUCCGUCGCUCCGCGAGAUUCGGCGCUGUCUCCGUCCGUUGUUACAGAGCGCUGCUGUAAAGGGACCAGUCUCCAGAUGAGGAGCGCUAGCGGACCGAGGAAACGUGACCCUUCAUCUCUACCGCGAGAAUUUCACUUACACGACGCCAGUGCGUUGCUGGAAUCUAGUACGGCCCAACAAAACCCGUUUAAAUCCCCGACCAGGAACGCUACACAUAGCUGGGGGUACCCGGGAGCAUCCUCCAUCCCACCCUGUCCAUCCCUCCCUCUCACCCUCUCUUUUUCUGCCUCCGUCACCCCAUCAUAUGCAAGAGCUCCAGGGGGUCUCAUCUAGUUAGGGACCAGGGGGGGAGGAGGGAGGCUGUUCGUGGCCGCGGUGGACGCACCCUCCGCGGUGAGGCUGGGCUGAAGUGCCGCUGUGUUUGGAGGAUGCUGCGGGAGUAGAAAAGAUUUGAGCGGAAGAUGGGGAAAGACCAGGAACUGCUGCAGGCGGAGACCGAGGACCUGCUCACCGUGCAGAAGCUGCUGCAAAGGCCCCGACCAGGGAAAGCAAAGCUACUCGGUUCUGCAAAGAAAGUGAAUGUCAACUUCCAGGAUACAGAUGGGUUUUCUCCCCUGCAUCAUGCCUCACUCAAUGGGAACCUGGAGCUCAUCACUCUGCUGCUGGAGUCACAGGCUGCUGUCGACAUCAGAGACCAGAAAGGUAUGCGGCCCCUGCAUUACGCAGCCUGGCAGGGGAAGGCGGAACCAAUGAAGAUGCUGCUGAAAUCUGGUUCUUCUGUCAACGGCCAAUCAGAUGAAGGACAGAUUCCUCUCCACCUGGCAGCGCAGCACGGACACUACGACGUUUCGGAGAUGCUGUUGCAGCACCAGUCCAACCCUUGUAUAGUGGACAAUGCAGGAAAAACACCACUGGACCUGGCUUGUGAGUUUGGCAGAGUUGGGGUGGUCCAGUUGUUGCUGUCCAGUAACAUGUGCGCUGCAUUGCUGGAGCCCAAAAAAGGAGACACGCACGACCCGAACGGGACAUCGCCACUUCACCUGGCUGCCAAAAACGGACACAUAGACAUUAUCAGACUGUUGAUCCAGGCGGGCAUUGACAUCAACAGACAGACCAAAGCAGGCACUGCCCUGCAUGAAGCUGCCCUGUGCGGAAAGACCGAGGCAGUGAGACUCCUGCUGGACAGUGGUAUUAAUGCCACAGUAAGAAACACUUACAGCCAGACAGCACUGGACAUCGUCUACCAGUUCACCGCGACACAAGCUAGCAGAGAGAUCAAACAGCUGCUAAGGGGUAGGAUACAUGAUGCAUCCGCUGCCCUUCAAGUACGAGCUCUGAAGGAUUACUGCAACAACUAUGACCUGACCAGCCUCAACAUCAAAGCAGGAGACGUUAUCACGGUUUUGGAGCAGCACCCUGAUGGACGCUGGAAAGGCUGCAUCCAUGACAACCGAACAGGAAACGACAGAGUGGGUUACUUCCCUUCCACCAUGGUGGAAGUCAUCAGCAAACGCACAGGUUUGGCCAGCACAGUCAUUUGCACUCAACAGUUUCAAAAGAUACCGCUGGUUCCUCCGGCGACGGUUGCCCCUGCCAACGCGGUAGUCAACGGCAACGACACCACGUUCCAUCAGAUCCAUAUCCUGCCUCCACCGCCUCCUCCUCCACCACAUUCCCAUCAGCCACUGCUUCCACUUUUCACUUCCUUUGGCUAUAACAAGUCGCCCGUGACAACCCCACAGGGAGACACACCCACUGCCCCAGGUUGUCGCGGCUCAGAGGCAAGUCCUCACAGCUCUCCUUCCCCAUCCAGCGGGCCCCAUGGAGGCUCCAACGAAGAGAUCUGGGUACUGCGCAAGCCUGUGGCAGGGGGAGAUCGCAGCAGUGUGGGUAGUUCUGGAAGUGUCACCAGUGUGAGGUCAUCGGGCAGUGGUCAGAGUGCUGGCAGUGGGCACAUCCUCCAUGCACAGGCUGAGGGGGUUAAGCUUCUAGCCACUGUCUUGUCCCAGUCUGCUAAAGCCAAGGAGCAUCUAAUGGAGCAGUCCAAGUCUGUGGACCAGCCUGCAGCAGGCUCUGCCAGCUCCUCUCGGACAUCCAGCCAAUCGGGAUGUCCGCUCCACGAGGCGCCGCCUUAUGACGCCACGGCAACCAGGAAGGGGGACGGGCCAUGCGAGGGGAAGAGCUCAGAGGCCGUUGUCCAAUGGCUGAGCGACUUUCAGCUGCAGGUCUACGCUCCAAACUUCCUGGGCGCUGGGUAUGACUUGCCCACCAUUAGCCGAAUGACCCCAGAGGAUCUGACAGCUAUUGGAAUAACUAAACCAGGUCACAGAAAGAAGAUGACAUCAGAGAUUAACAAGCUAAGUGUCAAUGAGUGGCUUCCUGAGCAGAAACCUGCCAAUCUGGGAGAGUGGCUGUCUGCUAUUGGUCUAAGCCAGUACCAUCAGGUGUUAGUGCAGAAUGGCUACGAAAAUAUCGAAUUCAUCACUGACAUUACCUGGGAGGACCUGCAGGAAAUAGGCAUCACUAAACUUGGCCACCAGAAGAAGCUGAUGCUAGCAGUGAAACGAUUGGCUGAAAUGCAGCGUAGUUCUGAUGGGCGGGGCUCACUUAGAAAGAAGCCUCCGCCAAUUACACAGCAGCAGGAAGUCAUGUCAGCGGACGGCCCGCCUCCAGAAGACCUCAUGUCUCCAAAGAUGGCAACCUUUCAGGACAGCGAGCUGAGUAAAGAGUUACAGACUGCCAUGACUCAGCCAGGGCAAGAGGUUUGCAAAGCUCAGCGAUCUCGCACUCUCAGUAAAGAUCAUGAUGAGGUGAUGACAGGAGGAGGAGGAGGAGGUGGUGGUGGUGGUGGGGGGGGGCCACCUAAGAAAGAGGCCCGGACUAUGAGGCAGCAAAGCAGUCAAGGCAGCAGCUCCUCUCACAGAGGCAGUGUGUCCUCACAGGGCAAACAUCGUCACUCCCACUCCCAUUCCCAGCCUGCGCCUCCCUACACACCCCCUCACACUCCUACCAAGACUAGAACCUCUUCUUCCUCCUCCAGCUCAUCUGUACAGAGCACAGCCUCUCCGCAAGCCAAACACAAGCCUUCCACCAAGUACAUCCAGGGCGAGAGACCCCAGUCACCGCAUUCCCACCCCCCUCAGUCUCCAACUCCUCGAGGUGCUCCAUGCCCCCAGCCUCAGCCCCAGCAACCACAGCAGCCUCAAGUCCAGCUGCAGCAACAGGCACCUCCUCAGCAACACCCAGAGAUGCAGGUCAUGGAGAACCAACAACCCCAGGUCCCACUUCUCUGCCUCCCACCAGAGGCUGAGCUGGUUGAGGGAGAAGGAGAAGAGCCCUCGGCCCUCCAGAAGAAACGAGCACACAGCCUCAACCGGUACGCCGUCUCAGAUGGUGAGUGUGACGAGAGGGCAGGUGGAGAAGGUGGGGCGGAUGUAGUUGGAAGUUUGAGCUCUGCUGUCACCAGAGGUGAUGGAAUCAAAUACGCAACAGUGACCCACCGUGUCAGCCGCAGCCACUCUGUCCGCAACCAGGACAAAACGGUCAACCGCAACCACACGCUGUCUUUGGCUCUACGUCAGAAGAAAAAGGGUCCACCCCCACCUCCGCCGAAACGCUCUAGCUCGGCCAUUUCCAGCUCUAACUCCAACCUGACAGAGGCCAAUGCACAGCAGAACACGCACACAACCACAGGAGGGAUGUUGGACGUGCCUUACAACCAACAGCGGCGGGCCAGCGACCUGGGGGUGUCAGUUGAGACUGGCCUUGUGGAGACGAGCAGUGUAGGUAGUGUAAGGAGCAUUGCCGCCAUGUUGGAGAUGUCUUCUAUAGGGGGUGGACCUAAGGGCAUGGCACUGCAGAAGAAUUUCUUGCAGCCUGGAAAAACACGUGAUGCCAUCGGCUUAGACGGUGAAGUGGUGAACCGACGACGAACCAUCAGUGGCCCUGUCAGUGAGCUUGUUGCAGCUGCCAGGCGUGACCAGCCAACUCCUCCUAUUUUAACCUCUCCAACGCCCCAACCUGAACCCUCCCCUGUCAUGGUGAAUUCAACUUCGCCAAACCCACCGUCCUCCCCCCACCCAAGCUCGGGUGGCAGUGGAAGUUCAUCAGAGAACCUCCCAUUUGCAGAAGAGGGAAGUUUGACCAUCCGCCGGCAGGGUCGAGGAGAAGCAGAAGGACAGGGUGACGGCGAGGGUCCACAGGGAGACGGGGGUUAUGCGCCGGAAGACAACUCCAGGGCUGAGCCCACAACUACCUUGAAGAGACGACCUCGCAGCUCCACCCCCCACCCGGCUGGAUCCGACUUCACCCUCCAGGAGUCAUCCACCGUCAAGCGACGACCUAAGAGUCGUGACAAGGAGCCUGAAGGCUACGCUGACAUGGCUGCAGCUAACGGAGAGCCUGCUGGGACUGGGCAGCCGAACACUACCCAGCCAGUAUCCUAUCAGAACGACACGGGUACAGUGAAACGUCGCCCAGUAUCUGAUGCCGGAGUGACAGAGCAACCGCAGCCUCAACCUCAACCCCAACAUCAACCUCAACCUCAACCACAAGUGACUGCUGUUCCUCGCAGAAACAGUGCAGACCAAGGAGCUCCAGUGGGCAAUGAUGGAGCCCCAGUGAGAAAACCAAAGCCUCCAGUGUCCCCAAAGCCUAUUAUGGCACAAAUAAAGAGACAGGGAGGCCCACCGACACCCCCACAGCCUGUCUCCAACAAGAGAGCCCCCCUGCCAGGACCUGGGACGCCUGGAAGCCCAGUGGAAGGAAAGAAGAUUCCUCCACCUGUCUCGCCUAAACCUACUCCCCCUCCGAUGGCACCAAAACCGUCCAAGCUUAUCCAUUCCAUGACCAGCCCCCCUUCUCCGACUCCAGCCCCUGCUCCUACCCCUGCCUCUAUCAAGCACUCUAUGGUGGCCAGACAGACCAGUUCACCCCCAACUUUUCCACCUUCCAACAUCCCUAGUCCGCCAAACGCCAAAAGCCCAUCUUCCCAGAGUCCUCACACUCCGCAGACCCCCACUACACCUCAAACACCGCAGACCCCCGCCACUCCCAGUCCGACCCCGCCACCUGUCAAGCCUCCCCGCUCUUCCAUAGGGGGCGUGUCAGUGGACAGUGGUAUGACAGGAGGUGGGGUCACAGUGCCGGUCCCUGCAACAACAGACUUUGGUGUGGAUGCUUUGGUGCACCAGAAACUGGAGGAGACGAGUGCAUCGCUGGCCGCAGCUCUGCAGGCUGUGGAGGAUAAGAUACUGCGGCAGGAGGACUCUGUGGCUGAGCAGAAGACCACGGUCAGCAUCCUGGACGACAUUGGCAGCAUGUUCGAUGACCUGGCCGACCAGCUUGAUGCCAUGUUGGAGUGACCAUCCAAACCAAGUCAGCCUGUCUCCAAGGCAACACUGCUUUAGGAGUGACUCAGAUGGCACAAUAGGGCAACACGCUCUCUAUCUCUCCUCUCUCUUAUCUCUCUAUCUCUUUUCAUUUCUCUCUCUCUGUCGUACUUGUCCUCCUGGAGUCCAUUUGUUGCUGCUUUAAAAAAAAAAACCUCUUUACUCCUCCUCUCGCUCUAAUCUGUUGUCGCUGAUUGUGAAAACGAUGAUCGAGCGGCGCCACAGGCCCGGACUGACAUGUGGCAGAGGGAGUGCAAGACUGCCGACCAGAUUAAAGAUAGAGAUGCUCAAAGAGAGGGGAUAAAAAAAAAGGACCAAAAUGACUGAUGUGCAGAGAAAAUAUAAAAAAAUAUCACCAGAUGGAGAGAUGAAGAAAUGCAACAUAACGGAGACUGCAAUCAAAACGUGGGUCUUUUUGGAAUUCCACAUACACUCUUGAAGCUAUUGUGGCACACUAUUAAACUAAACUAAUACUGAUUGAAAAACCAACUGUGUAAUGAAUCAUAGUAUGGUAUGUGUACAUUCUAAGCAUGGAGAGUUUAUAUCUACUGAAAAAGUCCUGCAUUAGCACAGUAAUAUAUAAUAUACCGAUAAAUAUGAAUCUCUAGCUCUUUGGUUUGAUGUCUUGGUUCUGUGUGGAAUGGUGACCUCUGGUGUUGUGACGAUGUAAAUGAAUUGGUGGAAAGAUUUUUAUCUGUGACCAAAACGAGACUAUUUAGCUCCUGAUGUGUGUGUGCCUGUGUGUGAGUGAGAGAAAGAGAGAGAGCAAGAGAGUGAGAAAUGUGUGUAUUUGAGCUUGUGGGUUGUUGGAUUUUCAGGACCAUAUUCAGUUUCCUGCCCUGGCUGCUUCCAUAAACUUCAUUUUUACUAUAACCUCUGACCCACACACACAUACACAUUCAGUAUAUUCACACACAUGCGUAAGAGAAGCACAAUGAUCCAUGCAGCUGAUUGAACACACAUGGAAAGCCUGCACAGUAUAACUCCAAAAAGACAAGGGGAGGGAAGCAAAGAAAGGCCACAGUAGGUUGUCUGAAAGCAGAUGUUAGGACUUGUGGAUAAAGUUUCGGAAAGUUUGAAAAAAAGAAGGAAAUCAGGACGCUGUUAAAGAAGCAAUGCAAGGUGGAGGUAUUUAGAGAUUUGCUUGGAAAAAAAGAAUGGCAUAGCAAAGUUCUGGUUUCCCAAACACUUUAUAGAUUGGUAAGUUUAGGACUAAAACUCAAUGACCUAAUAUUUUGAUGUCAUCUACACCUUUUGAUUCAAUGUCUUGCUAGAUUGUGGUGGAUAAUUUAAAAUCUGAGAUCCGUCUACAACAUGGAUUCAAGAGAUGCAAUGGCUGUUUUCGAAACCACUUACUAUACUUACUUAUGCAAAAACUACCAGAAGCACACCAGUCUCCAUCAAGUACUGUUUCCCACAAUGCAAAGCACUGACGUUCUUCUACUUUUAUUCCAUUUACGGCUGUUGCCAAUAAUAUAACGCUAAUACUAACGAAAGAAACACUGUUGAAUCUUGUCACUUUCAGUCAUUACAGAGGCAACCCCAUCUCACAGGAAACUGUUCGUGUCCAUGAAAAUUAUGAAAUGUCAUAUAUACUCCUUUUCUUAACUUCUGGAUGCUACAGAAGCGGUUUUGCUAGCAGCUUGGCCGUUGUUUACUUCUACUUUCCACAACCGGAAAUCAGCGACUCCUGGCCCAGCAUACUGCAAAAAAGAUUGAAGAGAACAGUCAUACUACACACUAACUUCAAACACAGUAUGCAGUACAUAUUGCAUCCUAAAUUCCAACCAAUACAAUAACUUGGGCAUGUACAAAUGGAAGACCUGGUCAGUAAUGUGUAAAAUUUAAAAGUUCCCUCAAGUAACAAUAGAAGACAUUAAAAUGGUAGGAAUUUGACUUGGACUUGAAAGCUAAUUAGCUUAAAAGCUGAAAUCUUUGUUUCUUCUCCUUUACUGCAAAGUCAGUAAAGGAGAAGAGCUAUGAUAAACAAUUUGUUUUAAAGGCCCAUCAACCUGCCUUUGUCCACUCUGCCUGACACUUGUUGGCCAUGAGCAAUGUCUUUCACAAGCCAAAACUAGCUCUCUGAAGGACUAAUCUUGCACCAUAAGUGAAUAAGUGCAUGUUCAUGUUGUUUGGAAUGUGACAUUGGCUAUUUUAUGGUUGAUUUUUGGGUUCUCAAAAGUUGCCUCCCCAUGCUUUAAGAUGUCACCCACUUUACACUAUGUGGUCCAGAGGGAGCCUCGUAUGCAGCACUUUGCAGGUCUGAUUGGAAUCAUGUAUUAUUUGUGUUUGCUAUGGCCCUAAAAUUUGUCAGCCAAUAGAAUCAGUUUAAUCAUAGAUUUCAACGCUCUAAGUUUGAGCUUGGUCCUGAAUCUGUGUCAAGAUUACGAAAAGCCAAUUAUAAAAGCACCAAAACCCUCCCUGAGACUCAAGUGGACAUCUGUCCUCUUUCCUUCCCUAUCUCUCUUGUCCCACACUCUCCAUAACACCCACCCCUUGUUGCCAUGACAAUCUACAUGACCUUCACCACCUUCACUGGCAUCACCAUGGUAACUCCACAGUGUGUUGCUGUUAUAAACUCGGUCUUGGGAUAGGAAAAAAAGUGCUUGGGUAGAGGGAACUGCAGAAGAGAUCUGUGAAGCUGGGUGGUUAGUUUGAAUUCAUUGAGUCCAUCAGAUACUGCAUCCAGCCAGGUGCAAUACUACAUAACUACACCUCGAUCCAUUAAAAGAAAAUCAAGGUUUCAAAGUCCCAUAGCAGCCAGCCUAUUUAUAUGAAUAAAUAAGAAAUCAGAGAAUAGUUCUGGUAUUUAAAUAUGAUCACAUAGAGAUUAUAUAUAUGGAUAUUUGCAAAAAAAAGUGUAUUUAUGAUGUGUGUGUCCUCCUGAAGACUAUUUUUCAAAGUAAACAGAUCUAAUCUGAGUGUUGAAUCAGUUAGCUUAUCCAUGCUUUGGUGGUCCAAGCUGAUGUAUCAUUGUAGGAUACCAUGUUGGGAUAUUUGCAGGAAGCGUUCUUUUUUUCUUUUUAUUAUUUUGUGUGUGUACAUGUGUCCAGGUGUGGCGAUGUGUAAAAUAAAAGUGGAUCUUUGUU